GAGGGAAGAGUGCUCUGGAAGGGAAUACAGCCCCGGCUGAGACCCGGGCGCGGGGCGGGCUCAGGAACUAAUAAUACAGCCCCGGUCCAAUGGAAAGCGAUUCCCGUGGAGACCCCCAGGAGCUGCCGCAGCCCACAGACCCUGCCCAGACACAGGGCCCUUGCUGGCGUCCCGUUUCCCGAGACGCGAUGGCUGCGGCGCUGAGCAGUUCUGUUUCCUCUCCGAACAAAGGGAAGGGGAUCUCUACCGGUUGCUUUCGGCUUUAAAGAUGAAGGAGUUAAGCGCGUAGGAAGCCGAAGCGGGGAAGCUCUUCGGUGCGGCACCGAGCACGGAACGGCGACAUGGGGGCUGUCAGGGGGCACUCGGGCUGCGACCGCCGAGCCGCGGGCAUGAGCCGGCCCCGGCCGCUCCGCCGCGGAUGAAAGGAUUCCCAACAGAGAUGUGGUAGCGAGGCUCCAAGCAGCCUUCCUGGAAGGCGUUUCCUCGGGAAGAGAAGAGGUCGCUGCCCGAUUUUAUGGAUGUCACUGAAGUAGACUUUGAAGUUCUUCGGGAGCACAUCACAAGCUUGGCAUGGGAAACCACAGCAACAACCAUACCUGUUUGACAGAUGAUUCCUUUAAGUACAACUUGUACGGAGCCGUGUACAGCGUGGUCUUCAUCCUGGGUUUGAUCACUAACUGCGCCUCCCUCUUCGUCUUCUGCUUUCGCAUGCGGAUGCGCAGCGAGACUGCCAUCUUCAUGACCAACCUGGCCGUGUCGGACCUGCUCUUCGUCUUCACCUUGCCUUUUAAGAUCUUCUACAACUUCAACAGGCACUGGCCCUUUGGAGACAGCCUGUGCAAGAUCUCGGGCACGGCCUUCCUCACCAACAUCUACGGGAGCAUGCUGUUCCUCACCUGCAUCAGCGUGGACCGCUUCCUCGCCAUCGUCUACCCCUUCCGCUCUCGCACCAUCCGCACCAGGAGGAACUCCGCCGUCGUCUGCGCCGGCGUUUGGAUCCUGGUCCUCAGCGGUGGCAUCUCGGCUUCCUUGUUCUCCACCACCAACGUUUCCAACAGCAGCACCACCUGUUUCGAAGGGUUUUCCAAGCGUAUCUGGAAGACCUACCUGUCCAAGAUCACUAUAUUUAUUGAAGUGGUAGGCUUCAUCAUUCCUUUGCUACUCAACUUGACCUGCUCUUCUCUAGUUCUCAGGACGCUCCGGAAACCUGCCACCUUGUCUCAAAUCGGGACAAACAAAGAGAAGGUGCUGAAAAUGAUCAUUGUGCACGUGGCCAUCUUCGUUGUCUGCUUCGUGCCAUACAACUCCAUACUUUUCUUGUAUGCCCUUGUACGGUCCCAAGCAAUAGCGAACUGCUCUCUGGAGAGGUUUGCCAGGACAAUGUACCCCAUCACCCUGUGCAUCGCCACGAUGAACUGCUGCUUCGACCCAUUCAUCUACUACUUUACAUCAGAGUCCUUCCAGAAGUCCUUCAACAUAAAACCCCAGAUUAAAAUGGAUUCUCUUUUCAAGACUGAGACCCCUCUGACAAAGACUGCGCUACCAGCGCCGCAGGAUGAAAUAAGUGACCAGGCUAUCACAAAUGGAGGAGACCCAACCUCUGAGUCGCAUUUCUAAGUGAGAUGUUUACACCUGGAGUUAUUUCCCACUGGCUUUUGAGUAACACCGUGUGAGAAAGCUCUUUCAGAGUACAUGGGUUUAAGUGUGGUGUCUGUGAAGCUAUGGGGGAAUAACGAGACAGGUAGAGUAAUUCUCACACUGGGAUAGUCCCAACAGGUGAACAUGAGAUAAAAAUCCUGCUGGGUCUCCUCUGGGAGAUAGGUAACAAUGCAUGCACCAGCUAGAGGGAACAGAACAGCUUCUUUCAUCUGAAGAUGCCAACAUUUGGCAAUUAUUUCCCCCACCCCACCCCAGCAGCUGAUGUGGGACCAGUUGGAAAAUAGAAAAUUCUAAUUUUCUUAGAGAUACCUACCAAUAUUUCAUUGCCUUCUGGAGAUGCCUCAGCAUAUGUUAACUCAGUAACUUCCCACAAUAUGUAUGUUUGCUUAAAAAAGCAUAAAUAAAAGCUUUUGGCUUUUCCUUA